CACCCUGCCUGCCCGCUCGGCCAGCAGCUCCCAAUCUCCUCCUUUCUGGGCGGCUGGUGGCCAGCAUCCCAGCUGCCCCGUCUGGACUGGACGGCCCGGAGGUCAGCAGCAGCCUGGCGCACCUGCCUGGCCUCUGCCUUUCGCCUGGCACCUGUGGCUGCCUCACCUGGGGAGGGCAUGGCCUUGAAAGAGGAAGAGGGAAACCAGAAUCAACGGCAGCUCCUUCGUCUCCUGUGCCCUUGAAAUAUCAGCUUCCUGGGCAUUUCCACAAAACAAAACAAAAAAAAAAAUCUGCAUUAUUUGGAAUUGCAGGAGAAUUGCAAGCUGCCUCUCUUUCAGGCUGCCUGGCAGCGAGCCUGGCCUUGGACUGAAGCCAGCUUGCUCCCUCGCAGGGCGAAGGGGAGGGGGGCAAAAACUUUUCGAAGCCCCCUCUUCCUUGCCCUUGUCCCCUUGGCCAUGAAAACUCUGCCUGGGUUCCUCUGUCUUCUCACGAUGGCAGCUUGGCAGCUGCCAACCUGCUCGCCGACGACAAUGCCCUCCUCUGAGAGGAAGGGGGUUGAAUUUGAGAAGAUGCUGCCCACUACAGAAGUGAUCCAUUUUUUGGAGGUCUACAACCGCAGCGUCUGUCAGCCCAAGGAGAUGAUGGUGUCCGUCACGGCAGAACAUCCGUCUCUGGACAAUCACAUCAUGAUCCCAUCCUGCGUGGCCCUCAGGCGCUGUACCGGCUGCUGUUCGGACGACUCCUUGGAUUGCGUGCCCAACCGUUCCCGGGAAGUCAUCUUGGAGGUAAUGGCUAGUCUUUUUCCAAACAGAUAUAUAACCCAGCUGACCUUUGAAGAGCACCUCGAAUGCACCUGCAGAUCAAGAACGAUGCUUUUCAGAUCUAAUUCAAUUAGUCAGUCCUGUGCACCGUGUCGGGACAGGAAAAAGCACCCAGAUCCACAGACGUGCAAAUGUGUGUGUCGCCACCGAUCUGGACAUUGUGAGAGGCGUGGGAUGAAAUUCAGCGAGAGGACAUGCAGAUGUGCAAAGCACCGAGGACGAAUCGCGCCGAGAAGAGUAAAACCCACAUUGCAGGCUAAACCUAGGCGAGAAGCGAGCCCAACGGAGCAUUGACUGUCGAUCGGCUAGGAGUGAAUCUUUACAUGCUCACUAGUUUGGCUGGGUGGGGAGGGUGGGGGGCAGAAAAUUGGGUCCAGGUUUAACUUUGGGAGGUGUUGGCACAAUUGGCAUCAGAAUUUCCGUUGUUAAGGGAGGCGCACUUUACUUGAUGGCCUUUUCGCCACCGUGGUUAAGCGAGUCACUGCGGUCAUUAAGUGGAUCACGUGGUCGUUAAAUGAAUCCAGCUCCUCCCACCCACCCCUCAGCCAUUGACUUUGCUUGUUGGGAAGGUCUCAAAUGGCGAGCAGGUGUACUCCGGGAUGCUACCAUCAUUGUAAAUACACGCCGGUCGUCAAGCAAGCACUUGAAUUUUAAUCAUGUGACUAUGGGGAUAUUGCGAUGGUCAUAAUGCGAGGACCGGUGACCAUAAAUCAACUUUUUUUCAGUACCGUUGAAUGGUUCCUAAAUGAAUGAUUGUCAAGCGGAAGACCUCCCAUGUAUAAAGUAACCCAUCCCUUCGUGGCUUCUUCGACAAAUCAUGGCUUGCUGUCCUACA